UGACACCCCCCCAAUCAAACAAUCCAUCCUCAAGCCCCCCCAAGAGAUGGAUUUCCUCAAAAAAGCUGUGGAGUCUGCCACCUCAAAGGAGGAACCCAAGGAAAAGCCGAGCCCCGGGCCUGGGCCUGAGCCCGAGUCCCAGGAUCAUCACGCUCGCAGCACUUCUACUACUGAGGUCCUCUCAAGCGCCAAGGCGUUGGCCGACGCAGCCCAGGCCAGCCUCAAGCACGAGGCUGUCGAUAAGGCGAAGGUCGCUGAAGCGGCCGACGACUUGGUUCACGCUGCUGAUCAGUAUGGGAAGCUAGAGGAGAAGGGGUAUGGGCAGUACGUGGAAAAGGCUGAGACCUACGUUCACAAGUACGGCUCAGGCACCACCGAGGGCUCAACUGGUGACAAGAAGGAGCCGAGCGAGGGCGAAAAAUCCGAGGGGGGCAUUGGUGAUUAUGCGAAGAUGGCUCAAGGUUUCAUGAAGUAAUUGACCGCGUACGUAGUCUGAGCUGCUUAGUUCUUUGUAUCCCUGUUAUGCGUCCGUACUGUUAACGAGUACUUACGUGACCAUGUUAUGCGCUCUGGUGUUGUGGUAACAUAGGCAUGUGCGUGACUGGAUUUUCAGUAUUUAUUGAUGUCAGAUGUUGUAUCUCCGUAACUUAUAUCGAUCUCUGUGUGAUUAUAUC